CCCGCAGCAUUAGUAUAUAAAGCCCACGUGCCCUCGAUUCUUCCUCUCGUUUUUACAAAGCACAGGUUUUGUAAAUCGUUCAAAUUACGAUCUUAUUUUCAAAGCGUGCACUACGUUUCGUGUCAAAAAACGACUUAAAAAAUGCGUUACGUGGCCGCUUAUUUGCUAGCUAGCCUUGGAGGCAACAAGGACCCUUCUGCCAGUGACAUUGAGGCUAUCCUCGACACUGUCGGCAUUGAUGUUGAUAAGGAACGAUUACAGAAAGUUAUAGCAGAGCUGUCUGGCAAGAACAUCAAUGAGUUAAUUGAGCAAGGUAAAGAGAAGCUUGCUGCCGUUCCAACAGGAGGUGCUGUGGCUGCCGGUGGUGCUGCAGCUGGUGAUGCUGGAGGAGCUGCCGAAGCCAAGGAGGAGAAGAAGGAAGAGAAGAAAGAGGAGUCUGAGGAAUCUGAUGAUGAUAUGGGCUUUGGUCUAUUUGAUUAAAUCCUUAAACAUUAAACAGUCCAAAUAAUAAAGGUGUUCUUGUAAAGCCUA